ACAGGUACCUCUGUAGUCCAGUUCAUAACCACAUCAUCCGUCCUUCCUAUCUUCUCUCUCUAUCCAUUUACAUAAUUUAAUCAUUCCAAGUUUCAGUAAGAUUAUCCCAAUUUCCAAAAUCUCAAUCCUAAAAUUGCCGACGUUUCUGUAGGACCUACUCACAAUCAUAAAAUUACUACCAUUAACGACAUUACAAUCUAUCAUUUUAUCACUCCUAUAAAAACCAGAGUAUCUCUUCAACUGUUCCCUCUUUAAAUUUAGGAAAUCAAUCAACCUUUUAAAUUAUAAAGGGUACUUACUAUUUUUAGUAAAGAUGAAGUGUGUUUUACUGUCAUUAAUGGUAGCAUUUAUAGUAAUGGGGUGUCAUUUUGGUACUGCAAUUGGUGGGUGUCUAAGACCUCCGGUGAUCUUUAGCUUUGGGGAUUCUAACUCCGAUACGGGUGGACUCGUUGCCGGGCUCGGCUACUCGGUGAGUUCUCCUUAUGGCCGCACCUAUUUUGGUCGAUCCACUGGCCGCCUCUCCGACGGCCGGCUCAUCCUCGAUUUUCUUUGCCAAAGUUUGAAUACCAAAUUUUUGAGGCCGUACCUGGAUCCAAUGGGGUCGAGUUUCCAAAAUGGGGCAAAUUUUGCAGUGGUAGGGUCCAAAACACUCCCGGAGUUUAAGCCAUUUGCGUUGAACGUUCAGGUUAUGCAAUUUCUUCACUUCAAAAGCCGAUCCCUUGAACUUGCUGCUUCAGGGGUGAAAAGAUACGUCAAUGAAGAAGGAUUCCGUAAUGCACUCUACAUGAUAGACAUUGGACAAAAUGACCUUGCUGACUUAUUCUCCAAAAAUCUUACAUAUGCAAAAGUUAUUAAAAGAAUUCCUCUGGUUAUCGAGGAAAUUAAGAAAGCUGUGAAGGGAUUGUAUGAUCAAGGUGGAAGAAAAUUUUGGAUUCAGAACACUGGGCCGCUAGGUUGUUUACCUCAAAAACUCUGGUUAGUUCAACACAAGGCAGGCGAUCUUGAUGCCUCCGGAUGCAUCUCAAGUUACAACUCUGCUGCAAAACUGUUUAAUGCAGCACUCUUUCAUUUGUGCCAACAGAUGAAAUCUGAGUUAGUAGGUGCUACGAUUGUCCAUGUUGACAUAUACUCCAUCAAAUAUGACUUAAUAAGCCAGGGCAUGAAAUACGGAUUCAAAAGUCCUUUAAUGGCUUGUUGCGGAGCUGGGGGGGCUCCAUAUAAUUAUAACAUACAGAUGACUUGUGGUAAUUAUGGUUCUCAGGCCUGUAGCAAUGGAUCUCAGUUCGUAAGUUGGGAUGGAAUUCAUUAUACAGAAGUAGCUAACGCGAUCAUAGCCAAAAGAUUACUUUCUAUGGAGUAUUUAACGCCUAGGGUGCCAUUCGAUUUCUUUUGUCAGAAAUGAGUAAAAUUAGCAUGGAAUUGGCACAUGUUUUGCAGUAUGACACUGAAAUUAAAGAUGGGUAAGUUUAUCAACUAAGAAUUUUGUACUUUAUACUAAUGAUUGAAGAAGCAAUAUGAAAUGUAUCUCAAUGGAGGACUCGUUUUGAAA